GUCAGAGUGCAGGGCCGUCCUCACGGUGAGGUAGCAGAGGAUGAAAAGUUAAUCUCUCCACCGGUGCAGGAGCGCGCAGCGGGGUUGCUUGCAGCAGCCCUGCUCCCCGCAUGCGACCCCGGGACUGUCCACCUCCGUCUGCCUCCUAGCUCAUUGUUUGCUCGGCCAAUACAUUAGCGGCAUCGCGCGUCACCUUGAUCGACGAGCGCUCGGAAUUUAAAUAGCCCCUCAAACACCAAUCUGUCACCGUCCUAUAGGGGAUAAGGACAAGUGCCUCACUGGCUGACCUGUAGCCACGUGACAGCAGCCGUUCAUUGAUAUCGGUCAGUGCGCGCCCCCUCCUUCCAACACUGAUAAGGAUAGAGUAUAGGUAAAGGUUGGCACGGUCACUUUGGGCAAGGGUGGGUUAGAGGGCGUUUAGUUGGAGAGGACGGUCCCUCAGCCCCUCGGAGAACGAUGCCACAAUGAGCAGCUUCUUAGACUACUCAGUGAUGAGCGGAGAAGGUGGCUCAUGCUCCAUCAGGGCUUUCCACUCGGACCACGGGAUUACAGCUUUCCAGUCCUGCGGGGCUGCUGUCAACAGCUGUGGGGCGGAUGAGCACUUCGUGGCAAACAGGACUUCUCCUGACAGCCUCCACCAUCAGCCGGCGUCUUACCAGUCUUCUGCAAACACUUUGGGUCUCUCCUACGGAGCCCACCCGGCCUGUAGCUCCAGCUAUGGGCCCCAAAGUUUUUGCGCAACAUAUAACCACUACACGCUGAACCAGGAAGUGGACUCUGGAGCUGCGUUUCCCCAGUGCGGUCCAUUGAUGUUUUCGGGUAACUUACCCUCCUCCAUGGUUCCUCAGCACCGCCACGGUUACAGUGCCACCCCACUGGGCCAGCUGCAGUAUAGCCACGCUGCCUACGGAGGCGGACACGAACAAGCACCCCCUUACCCUGGUGGCUCAAACCCUAUGUCACCUCUGCACGCAGCUCACCUGGAGGCUUGUUGUUCACCUCUGUCGGAGGGCGGCUCCUCUGCGCAGACUUUCGACUGGAUGAAGGUCAAGAGGAAUCCACCGAAAACAGGACGAUCCGGGGAAUACGGUUACGCAGGUCAGCCGAACACAGUCCGGACCAACUUCACCACCAAGCAGCUUACAGAACUGGAAAAGGAGUUUCACUUCAACAAGUAUCUGACGCGGGCGCGCCGCGUAGAGAUCGCGGCCGCGCUGCAGCUGAAUGAGACUCAGGUAAAAAUCUGGUUCCAGAACCGGAGGAUGAAGCAGAAAAAGCGUGAGAAGGAGGGGCUGCUGCCGGCCAAAGCUCCCCCCGCAGAACGGGAGGAAAUCAUCCCGGAGAAAAUGGACGAUGCAGCAUCUGAGAGGUCGACCUCGUCUUCCCCCUCUACUCCCUCCCCCUCAUCCUCCACCGUGUCUUCGACGGGCACUGACACUUACGCCUCCAACUGAGGACCAACUCUUUACCUCUUUAGGCCACGUGAGCCUGACCACCAAAGUUAAAGAUUGUUGCGAAUGAUAUUCGCGUGUACAUUUAUAGACUUUUGGGGCAUUUCCCAAUAAUACGGACAAUGGCUUAAAGGUUUUAGAGUUGUUGUAUAACCACUAACGUGUCUGCACGAAGCACUAUUGUCCAGUCAUGAUUUGAAAUGUGUUUAUUUGCUGAAAAUGUGGCUUCCCAUUUAUAAAACUAAGUGGAAAGACUGCCACCCCUAUGCCCUAUACCCUGACCCAGUGCUGCUUUAUUUAAAAAAUAAAGAGACAAAUCUGCACACACACAAACAAAUACCUCAAAAAAAAUAAAUAAAUAAAUAAAAUAGUGCCAAAUUUGUGCACCACCGGCCACAGGCGAUGCUGUUAAUGGGGCAUCACGCAAUCAACGAGAUGACCUCGUUUAUUUAUCGUUAGUGAAUGAAUAGUUACAGUAGCUGUUUCAUCGCUGUCACCUCUGUCUUUUAUUUUGUCUGUGCGCGCGCGCGCGCGCGCGCGUGUUGACUGUUUGAAUGUACUAUAUGGGAUUUGCAUGGUAUGUAAAGCCUUCAUUUAUCACCAGUGGGGCGCUGAGUUUUAUCAGUUGCGGAGCCGGUCCUUCAGGGCUGUGAAAGGCUUUCAUCUGCUGUUCCAUUUAAUCAAGUGGGACGAAUGUAAAGUGUUUUGUCCAGAGAGGCGUUUACGGGUCAAUCGUGUGUAUUAAAGUACGUUUAAAUAUAAA